ACUUCGACUCCUGGGAGUUGAGCGCAGCGCUAGCCGUCCGAGUCCAGAUGUUGGUGGAAGCUUUAUCUCUAUUCGUUACCGUUCAGAUGUUUCAUGUUUGCGUUGCAGAACCCACGCCUUUUCCUUCGAGUCCGGCUGCAGUGUCUGCACAUGUCGGUCAGACGGUUGAACUAUCCUGUGAACACACGCACCGGUUGGAGGUCGUGAGUAGCAUUCUCUGGUACAAACAGCGUGCGGCCGAACCCCCGGUAGCGAUCAAAGCCACGGACUGCCGAAACACCGGUUGCAGGAUGACUUACAAAAUAGGCUCCGGCGAUCGCACAUCAGUGCUGGAAAUCCGGGACGUCCGUGUGGAGGAUUCGGGUUUCUACUACUGUGCUGGAAGGGAUAGCUAUUCGCUGCUUGCGAAAGGACCCACACUCCUGGUUGGAGACAGCUCCACCAACCGGACCUACAUGCAGGUAUUUGUCCCGCCGUCUGAGAGGAACGGGUCGGUUCCCCUGGUGUGUCUGGUCGGCGGCCUUUCUUCCAUCCCGAUUGUCAUUCACUGGAACAUAUCCGGCCAGAUCAUGGAAGGAUGGAGCGAUCCCGGCACGCUUGAUCUUGACCAGAGCUACAGUGUUAGGAGUCAGGUGCUGGUCCCAGUGGAAACCUGGAGGAGCGGAGGAGUCUGUACCUGCAUCGCACAACUCGAGGGUGCGGGAAAGACGAGGACCAAAAGCGUGUCCCAUCACACAAUUGAACCAGAUCAAGGUUGGUGUCUUCCCACAUCGAUCCUGCUUGGCAUCCUUGUCUUCCCGGUUAUCCUCAUUGCUAUUUGGACUUUGAAAGGGCGGAGAUCAGGGACCCAUCGUCAAACGGCGACGCGUCAAGGACACAGUAGUGCAGCUCCGCCCCAAGCGCCGAUCAUUUAUGCCUCCCUCGAGUUCGCUGCAUCCUCCUCUGCCCGCAGAUGAGAAUCUGGUUGGGUUCUACGUCGGUGGAUUAUGAAGAAUUUGACCUAACCCGAGGUCACACUAAAAC